AUGAACAACAACCCCUGCCCCCAUUACUAUCAACACGACAGUCACUACACUUACAAGCAACUUGACCACUUCUGGCUGUGGAACAGAGCCGUGAAGAGAAUUGGUGGUUUCAACCACAACUUUGGGUUGGCCGGAGAAAGUGACGGUUACUUGGCUUGUGCUCUGGGGCCACCAAAUGGAGGAACGCAGACGGUGUAUGUGUGUGUUAACAGAAAUGGCAUAGUUACUUUCCGCAGCGUUUCACUCACAAAUGGAGUUUUUUACAAAUAUCCAGACACCGGUGACAAACGUGAAAGCCAAGCAGACUCUACGUACACACUGGGCGUGCUGACUGGAUCUGUUGCGGCCGAUGGAACUCUGGGUACACCUACUACACAUGUGAGGACAGCCCCAGUGGAUCUCACCAACCCAGCGGCCGACACCAACAACACCGUGUCCACCACCACUGCCCCCACCACCACCACUGCCCCCACCACCACCACCACCGCCGGGACUGCUCCCCUGCAGUCUCUGUCCAACGCUCUCCUGAUCGUUUUUGGCGUUCUGAGUCUCUCUUGGCUGUGA